UAAGAUGGCGGCGGCGUUGGUGGCGGCGGUGGACGGGGCGGCUGGGCCUGGAACUGGCGGAGCAGCCGCUGGCAAAAGGAUGACCCAAGACGGGAAGCGGGCCGCCGAGCCUCGCCGGCUCCCGUGCUUGUAACUGCCCCGGCUGGACACCCCCCCUUGACCUAUCCGUCCUUCAGUGAACCUCCAGACCUAUUUUCUCAGGAGCUCAGCCUGGCCUUACUUCAGUGAUAAAAGGCGGAAAGUUGAGACUGGCUACAGCAAACAUCAUUUAAGAUGUCCAGCAAAGGGAGCAGCACAGAUGGCAAAACAGACUUAGCUAAUGGAAGCCUGUCUAGCAGUCCAGAAGAGAUGUCUGGAGCGGAAGAAGGAAGGGAGACAUCCUCAGGCAUUGAAGUGGAGGCCUCAGACCUGAGUUUGAGUUUGACUGUGGAUGAUGGUGGUCCUACUCGGACCAGCACAGAAAGUCGAGGCACAGAUACAGAGAGCUCAGGUGAAGAAAAAGACUCUGACAGCAUGGAGGACACUGGCCAUUACUCCAUCAAUGAUGAAAACCGAGUUCAUGACCGUUCAGAGGAAGAGGAAGAGGAGGAGGAAGAGGAAGAAGAAGAAGAAGAGCAGCCUCGGCGCCGUGUACAGCGCAAGCGAGCCAGCCGUGACCAGGACUCAUCAGAUGAUGAACGGGCCCUAGAGGACUGGGUGUCUUCAGAGACAACAGCCCUACCCCGACCUCGCUGGCAAGCCCUUCCUGCCCUUCGGGAGCGAGAACUGGGUUCAAGUGCCCGGUUUGUGUAUGAGGCCUGUGGGGCAAGAGUAUUUGUACAGCGUUUCCGCCUGCAACAUGGGCUUGAGGGCCAUACCGGUUGUGUCAAUACCCUGCACUUUAACCAGCGUGGCACCUGGCUGGCCAGUGGCAGUGAUGACCUGAAGGUGGUGGUGUGGGAUUGGGUUCGGCGGCAGCCAGUACUUGACUUUGAGAGUGGCCACAAAAGUAAUGUCUUCCAGGCCAAGUUCCUUCCUAACAGUGGUGAUUCCACCCUGGCCAUGUGUGCCCGUGAUGGGCAGGUUCGGGUAGCAGAACUGUCUGCCACACAGUGCUGCAAGAAUACAAAGCGUGUGGCCCAGCACAAAGGAGCUUCUCACAAGUUGGCCCUGGAACCAGACUCUCCCUGUACGUUCCUAUCUGCAGGUGAAGAUGCAGUUGUUUUCACAAUUGACCUAAGACAAGACCGGCCAGCUUCGAAACUGGUAGUAACAAAAGAAAAAGAGAAGAAAGUGGGACUAUACACAAUCUAUGUGAAUCCUGCCAAUACCCACCAGUUUGCAGUGGGUGGACGAGAUCAAUUUGUGAGGAUUUAUGACCAGAGGAAGAUUGAUGAAAAUGAGAACAAUGGAGUACUCAAGAAAUUCUGUCCUCAUCACCUGGUGAACAGUGAGUCCAAAGCAAACAUCACCUGUCUUGUGUACAGCCACGACGGCACAGAGCUCCUGGCCAGUUACAAUGAUGAAGACAUUUACCUCUUCAACUCCUCUCACAGUGAUGGGGCUCAGUAUGUUAAGAGAUAUAAGGGUCACAGAAAUAAUGCCACAGUAAAAGGUGUCAAUUUCUAUGGCCCCAAGAGUGAGUUUGUGGUGAGCGGUAGUGACUGUGGGCACAUUUUCCUCUGGGAGAAAUCAUCCUGCCAGAUCAUUCAGUUCAUGGAGGGAGACAAGGGAGGUGUGGUAAACUGUCUUGAGCCCCACCCUCACUUGCCUGUGCUGGCAACCAGUGGCCUAGACCAUGAUGUGAAGAUCUGGGCACCCACAGCUGAAGCCUCCACUGAGCUGACAGGGUUAAAAGAUGUGAUUAAGAAGAACAAGCGAGAGCGUGAUGAAGAUAGCUUGCAUCACACUGACCUAUUCGAUAGCCACAUGCUUUGGUUCCUUAUGCAUCAUCUGAGACAGAGACGCCAUCACCGGCGUUGGCGAGAACCUGGGGUUGGGGCUACGGAUGCGGACUCUGAUGAGUCUCCCAGCUCCUCAGACACAUCGGACGAGGAGGAGGGCCCUGACCGGGUGCAGUGCAUGCCAUCCUGAGGCCCCAUACUUAGGAGGGGCAGGCUCGGGCUGCCAACCCAAUCUUGCCUGGGCAACUCUUUCCUGCCUCAGGCCCUUACAUUCAGCAGAAAUGCACUUUGGACUUUUUGUUUAGAUGAAAGCUAUCUCAGAAGGAGAACAGACCAGUGGGGAACAAAUCAACAGAGAGCCCCUAGAAGUGGGAGUUGAGCCCUGGAAUAGGAUUCCAUGGAGAGGUGCAAAGGACUCAUCAGAAAUGGCCUCCCUCUGAAGCCUUUUUCCCAGGGUGAGGGGGAACCUGUUUUGUUAACUGGUUUAGGAUAGGAAUGGGGCUUCUUUUUCUUUAAUCUUCCCUUGUUUCUUUUGCGGGGGUGGGUGGGGGGAACAACUGGCUGUUCAGUACCAAGGGGGCAAGAGUGGAGGAUAGGAAUGCCACUCUCUCUUUGGCUUAGGUUUUUUGACCUUUUUUUUCUUUGUUUUUUAAGAAGUCUAUGACAGUUUCAUUGUUUUUUCCCCAAGCAACCCUAUCCCAAGAUUCUGUUUUUCUGGGAAGUCCUUAGAGCCCCUAACCAUCCCACACUUCACUUUCCACCUCAUUCUCUGUAGUUAUCACAGUGUUUUGCACUUGAUUAUGUAUCCUUCACUCUCCUCUCUUCAUCCCAUUAUCCCCUAAGUGGGUCUGGUGAGGGAGGUUCAGGAGAGGUGGGAGGAGGGGCAGAGGUGGAGAAAGAAUAAGAAGGAUGUUACCUCUUCUGUUAUUUUAUUUUAUUUUUUUGGUGGCAGCAAUCUCUCUGUCCCUAUCACUGUUAAGAGGCCUAAUUUUAUAUCUAUAAAUAUAUUAAAAAGCAAGUCAAACUUGGAUGUAUCAAGUUAAAAUUAUUGUCAAAGUUUAAAUACCUAUAUAUUCUUUAUGAAUGCAAUAAAGGGACUUAAAGGAA